AUGGACGCAAAGGAAGCGCAACGCUUGUGGCUGGCCGCGGGUCUUCCGCCCGACGCGCUAUCGCGGCUGUACCUCUCGGGCCCACCCCGCUUUGCCAGCGCUUUUCGCCUCUCGAGCGCCGCGUCCAUCUCGAUCGGUCUCGCGUCGCUCGCAGCCGCCGAGAUCCACCAUCUCCGCACCGGCGCAAGCCGCUCGAGCGUCACCGUCGAUGCGCAGGAUGCGUGCGCCGAGUUUCUCUCCCAUGCCGUGUACAAGCCCGACGUGACGCGCCCGGCGCCCGGUGUGUGGGACCCGCUCUCGGGCCUCUACGCCACGAACGACGGCUACGUCCGGCUGCACGCCAACUUUCCCCAUCACCGCGACGGCCUCUUGGGCCUCUUGGGCUUGCCGCUGAACGCCGGUCGCAAGAACGUCGAGAUGGCGUUGGCGGCGUGGCAGGCAGAGCCAUUCGAGGCGCUUGCGUCCGAGCGCGGUCUGUGCGCCGCGGCGUAUCGGACGUCGGACGCGUGGCAGGCGCACCCGAUGGCGUCGCACCUCGAUGCCACGUACGCGGCCAAUGGUCACGUGCCAUGGCGCGUGCAACAACACAAAGCCGCGGCAACUCGAACCACGCACCGCCCUGUCUGGUCACAUAGUGGGACGACAAAUUGCCUCUCGGGGGUGCGGGUGCUCUGCUUGACGCGGGUUCUCGCGGGUCCGAUCGCGGGGCGGACCCUUGCGUCGCACGGGGCCGAUGUGCUCUGGGUGACAUCGCCACAGCUGCCGAGUUUGCCGUCGAUUGAUGGCGACACGUCGCGCGGGAAGCGCACGAUCCAGCUCGACUUGACGACGGCGAAGGAUGCCUCGGUCCUCCAAGACCUUGUGGCCUCGGCCGACGUCUUCCUCGACGCGUACCGCCCCGGCGCGCUCGCUGCAAAAGGCUUUGGCGCCGACGAUCUCUUUGCCCUGAAUGCGCACUUGGUGCUUGGGCGAUGCUCGGCGUACGGGGCCGACGGCCCGUGGGGCGGCAAGCGCGGUUUUGACAGCCUUCUCCAGACCGCCACCGGCAUCAACGCUGACGAAGCCGCAGCAUUUGGCGAGUCGGCGCCACGGGCGCUGCCGACGCAAGGCCUCGACCACGCGACGGGCCAUCUACUAGCUUUUGGCGUCCUCUCGGCGCUCCACGCGCAGCUCCACGGCGCGGGCGGCAGCGUCGUCGACGUGUCGUUGGCGUGGACGGCGGCGUGGCUGCGGUCGCUCGGCGCAGGCGACACGACCGCGGCCGGGUUGACACCGGACGAAAUGGCCGCGGCGACCGAGCGCGUGCACCUACCAACUGGCAUCACGGCGCAAUUCGCCAAGCGGGCGCCUCAGAUGACGCCAGCACCGAGCUUUGGCCAAAAGUACCCGACAAGCCUUGCGCACGAUGAGCCUGUGUGGCUCGUGCGUGGCUAA